CCCCUUCAAUUAUUGAAACACAAAGAGGAAAGAGAGAGUAGCAGCGAGGGAGAGUAAGAGAGAGAGAGAUCGACGUCCCUUUAUGAAAGUUGUUGCUGUUGGAAAAUGCCUUCCUCUACUAAACCAAAAACCGAGACCUCGAAUGAGGUCCAAGACCCUCUCAGACAGGCGCUCAGCUUAGUCGAGAAGAAAGUCCGCAAUCUGGAAAAGCGUAAACUGAAGUUGGAUAUGUACAAAGUAAAACUUGCUGAAGGUGUUUCUUUGGAGAAGGACCAACUGGAAGCAAUUAACAAGUAUGGUGAUGUUGCUUGUAACUUGGAAUUUGCAAAGGAAUUGCUUAAACAAUUUAUGGCCCUCACUCAGGAUGCUGAAAAGCUCUUGAAGAAACAGAUGAAGAAAGAACGAGCUGAUAGAAUUUUAAAUGAACACAAACGACUGAAACAGGUGUUGUUGAUCCAAAACUUGCUGGACAGUUUUGGAAUGGAGCAGGUUCGCAAUGAUUUCCGAAAUGGCUGGCAUUCAGCAGUUGUUCUAACUGAAGAGAAUCUCACUCAGCUGGAUAAUAUCUAUAAACAUAUAUGUCCAUCUCGAGAUAAUCAACAGGAUUUUGUUACUGCUUCUGAACAUUUAUGUAGCUUAUUGGAUGGCAAAGACAAAGCUGUUCUUGGCACCACUUAUAAAGAAUUAAAGAAGCUGAUAGAUUUAAUUCUUGCGUGUGGCUACUUUGAAAAUGCUCCUCGUUAUGACGCCAAUGGACCUUCAACAGAAGCUCCUGCUGCUGAAAAAUCCAGUGAAAAACCCGUGGAAGAACCAGCUACAGUUGUUCCUGUUGAAGUGAACCCAGCUGAGCUGAAGCAACACACAGAGGAAGUCGUAGCCCCGAAACUGGAACCUGAGAAACAGCCUGAAGUCAUACUAGAACCAGUGGACAACAGGAAAAACAAUACAAGACUGGAAAAUCACAUUGAUAAUGAUUCUUCUUUCUUCACGACUGGCUCCUCUUUUCCACGUCAUCGUCCUUUCCAAGAAAUUGUUUCUUCUGUACAAGGAAGUUUUAACUUCUUGCAGGAAUCUACCAUAGAUUUAGAUUCUCCACAACAUAUGGACCCGGCUGUAGUAGCUGCUCAUCCCAUGCCAGCAGUCCGACAUGCACCAAAUACAUCGGUCGAUGUUAACAGUCUCACUCAGGCAGGAUUUGUUGCUCCUGGCUACGACCAAACUGCUGCUGCUGUCGCAGCAGUUGCUGCUGCACAAUCUCAACAACAACAACAACAACAACAGCCGCAGCAGCAGCAACCCCCACAUCAACCAGCACCACCACCACCACCACCAUCAACAACUGUGCCUGCUUCACAUCAUCCAGUGAUUAAAUCGACACCUCAGUCAACCGUGCAACAUGUACAACAAGCACUUCCACCAUCAGUGCAACCUAAUUCAGCAGUGACACUGGAUGUUGCAUCUGCUAAUCCAGCUCAGGCCCAUGCUACAGCUCUCUUAUCGACCACGCCUGCUGCUGCUGCUGCUGCCGCUGCCGCUGCCAAUGUGGUUAGCCAACAACUGGACUACUCGAACCAAGCAUUCACUCAGAAUGCAAUUUCUCAAAAUUUAUCCACCGAUUCUUUAUUCCAUUCGGUGGAAGACUGCGCACCCACUCACUCUAUGAUUGGCCAAUCUGUAAACGAUACUUCUGUACCUGCAUUUGAAAUUCCGACCAUUCCCUUGCCAAACCAAACACAAUUAACAGAUGGAGCUAUCAGUCCCUUUGUGAAGAAACGUUAUUAUUUCCAGGAUGCCAGCUCCCAGUCUCACGCUGUUAAAAAAAUUACCAACUUAAAUGCCAAUGCAGCCGUAUUCCAAUCUAUGAAUGCCAAUGCAGCUGUGUUCCAGCCACAACAUACAGACGCCAGCCCAAAUAAUGAAGUGAAGAGUCAGUUAUCACCUCAACCUACAGAUUACAAUCAGGAUUUUGCGAUAAGAAUGAAAUCAUCAGUAGAUCUUAAGGGCAGAAACAGUUAUUCUCCUGGAUAUUUCCCAAGAGGAAGCUUUCAGAAUCGUAAUUAUCGUGGUAACAGAGGCAGUCGAAGUGGUUUAAACAACGGCUUUAAUCGGAACAGUAGUGGUAGUAGUAGUGGAGGAAGUGGCGGUGGUGGUGGUGGCAGUCGAGGAGCAUACACCAGGAGCAAUUACUCGGCUUUCUCCAGUGGCCGUGAGUACCGGACAGCUGACAAUUAUGGCGCCGCAUUGAAUGGUACAUCGUUUGGAAGUGGCUUCACCAAACGCAGCAGUGCCAGUCCGGGAAGCACUGGGAACACAUCAAGUAUCGGCCGCACUGGAACCGGCAGUAGUGGGAGCAGUGGAAAUGGGGGCAGUAUGCGAGGUGGUGGCACCGGAGCUGGCGGAGCUGUACGAGGACAGCCACGAACUGGAGGUAUCCGUGGAGGAAGAGGCAAUACUGGGCUUGGCCGACCUACCUUUUCCCAGCAAACUCUGGCACAGUAGUAAAUUCUGGAGCAUAGAAACUGUGUGAUGGGUUGUAUAAAUGACUGGCCACCAACAGGCAGACAACAUCUCCCUUCCCCUCCUCUUGAUGGCUGGUCAUAAGGUGACACUUUAUUAUGAUGCUUUUGUAGGCAUUUUCCCUCAAUCUUUUGACACUCGACUAAUCAACACUUGUCUUGUGGAAGGUUUAUUGGCUCCCCUCUUCAUAUUUGGGCUAUAGAAUGGGGUCACAUCUAAGUUCUUUUUUCACUUUUACCAACAAAUAUUCUAGUGGAUUUCUGGUUAAUUAUCUUUUCUAUUAGUAAAUUAAGAGAUAAGCAGUAAAUGUUGAACUUAUUAAACUGAGCAGAAUUCUUCUUAAGGGUGAAUUAGGAACAUUUAAUCUGGAACCAAUAAAUCUCCCACAAUUCUGCUCUUUACUCAUUUUCACUGACCCUUUCUCUCCUCCCACCCCCCAUCUUAACUGUUCCUUUUGUUCCUUGUAAGUAUUUGUUGAUGUUGAGUGGUAAUUAAGUGGUAUAGGAGUGGCAAGGCAACUUCAACAGGCAACAACUGUAACCCCUCUCCCUCUCCUUACUCUUAACACCAGAAACACCACCACCACCACCACCACCACCAUGCUUGUUAAUGGAAACAUGGUAUGAGCUGCUGUAACAUCCUGCCUUACCCCACUCAAUAUCUCAUUUACUGCUUUUUCUAUCGUGCAGAAUUAAUGCUGGUUUAGCGACUUUUCAGCUGUUCUUUCAGACUUUAGCAUCGUGAACCUUAUGCAGCUAUCUUCUCUCCUUUGACCUGCCCUGCCCCCCGUGCCCCAUCCCCCUAAUUUGUACAGCUCCGUUGUUGUGACCUCUCUUCCCUUCACACCAAACUCACCACUUUUUAUAAAGUUUCGUUCUUUGUACUUCCCUACUCUUCCUUUUUACUCCACAUAGGAAUCUUGGCAAUCAGUGUGGGAAGAGGUUCUUCCCUGUUAGUUUCAGUUCCAGCUGACAGGUUCAUUUUGUCAGUCUUCGUAUAAAUCGUCCAAAAGAAUAUGGAAAGUCUGCUAUAUCACCAAUAAAACAUAACAAAACUUCAAGGAU